AGACAUCACAUGCAAAGCAGGGCAUUCCUCACUUCCCCUUUCUGACUGUAUCCGCCUCUACUUCUACAUAUAUAUAAGUAUGUAGUUACUAUUAUCACAAACUGAACCCUCUGGCAGCCAUGCCUGCUAAUCUCAACCAGGAGACGCUGAACGACAGACCGGUGAUUGGUGUUUUGACUCAGAUGGUCUCAGAUGAUGUCAUGAAACCUUUUGGAGAAACAUACAUACCCGACUCUUACGUCAACUACAUCGAGUCAGGGGGAAGCAGGGUGAUGCCGAUUAGAUUGACUCUUUCUACUGCGGAGUAUGAAAGCAUCUUCAAGAAGAUAAAUGGCCUGUUUCUCAUUGGUGGAGCCGUAGAUUUGACAACCUCAGACUUUGCCAGGGUGGCCAAGAUUUUUUAUAAACUCGCUCUGACGGCCAAUGAUGCAGGGGAUUUCUUCCCCAUCUGGGGAACCUGUCUGGGCAUGCAGCUGCUCACUGUGCUGGUGGCCGAAGAGAAUCUGCUCUCAGCAACUCCAGCUAGAAAUGAGGCUUUGCCCCUCAACCUAACCACAGAAGCCCACUCCAGCAGGAUGUUCCAAGGUUUUUCUAAAGAGCUAAUAAAGGCUUUGACAGAAGAACCUCUGACUGGCAAUUUUCACAAUUAUGGCCUGACAGUAGAGGCUUUCCAGAAAAACGAGAAGUUGAGCGGUUUCUUCUCCCUGCUGUCAACGAACGUUGCUGAAAAUGGAGCUCACUUCGUCUCCACCAUUGAAGGCAAAAGGUAUCCGUUCUACGGAGUGCAGUGGCAUCCCGAGGUGAACCGCUUUCAGUGGAACAGAAAGUUUAGCUUUCCUCACUCCAGUCAUGCUGUUCGGUUGUCGUCGCAGAUAGCCGAGUUUUUUAUCAAUGAAGGACGGAAGAGUUUCCAUCAUUUUGACUCUCCUGAGGAGGAAGACGCCUCAUUGAUCUACAAGUUCACUCCUGUCUACACUUCAAACUUUACUGCCUACGAGAAGGUCUAUUUCUUCUAAGUUUAGGAGGAUGCCAAGGCCUGCUAGACGCCUGUAUUUCCUUUUGAAAUGUGAAGAUGUGGCUUGAAUUUGAGUGCAACAUUAAAUAGUUUUAUUUAGAAAAAGAUUGUUUAAAGCCAUGAUAAGAUUAAAAUAAAUGUUGUGGACUUAUGAAGACGGGUAUUUCAAAAAGAGAGCACUUUUUGUCCACUCCAGGAAAGUUGAGGUUAUAUAUUGCUGCAUAUUUUCUUUUAUUUUACAGUUUUUCACCUUCUUGAUAACUUUGUACGAAUUGUAUAUUCAAAUAAAGUAAAAUGAUUGGUUGUUAUACAAACUUUAAAAUGUCAUUAUUGAUAGUAAAAGUUAUUUUUUUCUUUCUGAAUUUGGAGUGCUGAAAAAAACAAUAAUUUGACUCCAUCACAGGUUUCUUUUUAUAACACUUAAAUAUUUUAAUAACAAAUAGAGACAAAAAAAUGUGCUUGAUGGUUGACUCAAUCGAUUGAAGGAAAACUCUUUAUCCAAGUUGUUAAAUCAUGAAAGAAAACAUGUAGCAGUGAACAGAUUUGUGUUGUAUAACGUAUGUAAAAUAAAAUAAAAAGUUAUAAGUGCAUUUAAUAUUACUAAAAUGUAGAUUGAAAUGAUAUGUAACUGAAUUUAAAUCUGUCUUCAUGAUAGGACUGUAUUGGUUUGAUAUGAUUCAUAUUUUGGGAUGUAAAGUAUCAUCAGAUUAUUUUGGCUGUGGAAUGGCGUUAUGCAAAUAAACUGAAUUAAAUUCA